AUGAAGAUGGAAUCGAGCACUGGCAUGGUCCCAUGGCUGGACCAACCUGUCAUGCUACACUCGAGUCGCGAUGCGGGUGAAUGCACAAUGACCCCUGAGCAAUGUGCAUUCAAGACUGGCUAUUGGGUGUUUUGGUAUGAAGCCGAUCAUCGAUACGCCUUGCCGACGGUUGCGUUCUUCCUGGUUGCGAUUAUCCUUUUUACAAUCUCUCACAUUGCUUCAAAAGCCGCACCACAAAGCCUAAGGAACACUUCAAUUUGGUCGCGUCUAGUGGCAGCAUGUCGCUUCCUAUCUUAUAAGAGCUGGAGGUUCGGUGGCUGGAACACACAUUCUCUCGGCGUUUGCUUGCUUGGGGGCGCUGGCGCUGUUUUCUUCUUUGCUAUGACUCUUGGCCCUCGUCCUUACUACUGGCCUAACACAAAGGAAAUCAGCUUUGGAAACUCUCCUCCCAUCGCUACCCGUGCCGGGUUCUUGGCUCUUGCCUGCAUGCCAUUCCUAAUUGUACUAGGUGCCAAGGCGAACCCCAUUACAGCAUUAACCGGAAUAUCCCACGAAAAAUUGAACGUAUGGCACAACUGGGUCGCAUGGGCAAUGUUCGUCCUAGCAUUAAUCCACACCUUCCCAUUCAUUGUCUUUCACGCCUGGAAAGGUGACCUCGUUGCAUCUUGGAGCGAGGGUGGAGUCUGGGUGACAGGUGUGGUGGCACUUAUAGCACAAGCGUGGUUGACCUUCAUGUCUAUCCCCUGGAUCCGAAACCGGUACUACGAGUUCUUCAAAGCAACACACUACUUCAUGGCCCUCGUCUUUGUGAUUUUCUUCUUCUUCCACUGCGACUUCCGCAUGUCAUCCUGGGACUAUUUCAUCGCCACGGCAGUGAUCUACAGUCUCUGCUGGCUAUACUCCCAAUGCAAGACAUACAUUGAGCAUGGUUUCAGACACAAGGCCAGUCUCUUACCCGAAACUGAGGAUACGCUUCGCGUUACUAUCGAUACGAAGAUGCACUGGGCACCUGGUCAACACAUCUUCCUUCGAUUCUUGACCUGUGGUGUUCACGCCUUCACAGCUCAUCCAUUUACAAUCUGCUCAGUACCGCAGAAGAACAAGAACAACGAACUAGUUUUCUAUGUUAAGCGACGCGGAGGACUAACCGGCCGACUGAUGAGCAUGGCGCAGAAGAAUCCGGGCGUCCAAGUUUCUGUCUUGCUGGAUGGUCCGUACGGAGGUAUCCCCGAGGACCAGCUUGCGCUUUCUGACAAGAGUCUCAUUAUUGGUGGUGGCGCUGGUGCUGGCUUUACACUUUCCAUGGUGGAGGACUUUGUUCGAUAUUCUUCCCCUCAAAGAAAAUCUGAAAUGACGGUGGUAGUUGCUACCAGGGACCCCGGAAUGCGCGCAUGGUUUAUCCAAGCAUUGGAAGAUAUGGCGCUGCGAACUUCCCAAGAAGGCAUUAUCCCGGGUCUUUCUGUUCAUAUCCAUGAAACACAUGCCGAACAUCCGGUUAUGGAGACGAAAGCUGAGACCGAAACGGUCCUUCCAGAUCUGAAAUCAGAAUAUGUGAAGACCAGCAAUGGGGCUGUCAAGGAGACAUUCAACCUCGAAAUGUUUGGUGUCAAAUUCUUCUCCGGUCGUCCAGACCUGCCAGCCUUGACCCGGGAUUUGGCCGGUCAAGAUGGUGUCUCUGUUGGUGUUGUAGUGUGUGGGCCUUCGUCUAUGACCCACGAUGUGGGUGAGGCUGUUUCUUCUGCUCAGUAUAGAAUUCUGGCCAAGCAGAGUAAUUGUGCGCGGGAAGUUUGGCUCCACACUGAGAACUUUUCGUGA